UUUCUGUUUGCAGUCAUCAGUUAGGAACCUUCCUAUCACCUCAACAUAUUCGGAACCAGUCUAAUUGUCAAUUGCAAAAACAAUGUCACGCAGCGGAAUUAUAGCAGCAGCAACCGUGCUCCUUACCAUCGGGUUGGCAGGGCAAAUCAUCGCUGCCGAUAAAGGCAAGCAAUCCCCAGGACAGGCAUAUCUUGGAUCAAUUCCACCAAACUAUGUGGACAUGUUUGUUAGAUACCAUUUGGAUAAGGCUUUGGAGCAGCGUAUACCGAACCAUGUUAGUACGCCUCCGACAGAUAUCUUCUUUCACGUGUUUCUGCAACUGUUCCCAGCUCCGAAGGACUUCGCCAACAAUCUGUUGCAUUUAGUCGAGGACAUAUUUGGGCUUACGGAUGAAGAUGUGGAAAGGAUUUUGCGAAGUGGAGAAACGGUGUGCACCCCUGAAGGUCUUUGCUUCAACCCGGGCGAUGUCGGGACAAUUUGCUGUCCUUUCUGAAAGGCUGACGAUACUUGAUUCUAGGUGUAUCAAUACAACAUCAUAUUUGGAGCAUUUAGUUUCGAACUGAAACAAACUAUAUGAAACCUAUAGUAAAAGAGUAAUGAAGAGCACAGGAAUAAAAUUGAAUGAAAUAUGCUUCAAUA